AUGCCCCAGGAGGUUCGCUGGAUGUGUCGGCCUUUUCGACUGUCGCGUGCCCUGUCUGUCCAGCAUGCCGGUUUCAGGGCUGGCUCGAGGGGUUGCCACCUCUCGUCAUUGAGCCUCCUCGAUCGAUCGAGAUCGAUUGUCGUGGCGAACGUCAGAUCGCCUGCCCCGGCUCAAGACCACCUUCUCCAUUCGUCGAAACCUGUUCCUCUCUCCCCUUUCCAACUUUCCAGUUUCCAUCGCCAAUCUACUCGCCCAUUUCUCAACCUUGUCACAUCGCGUCGCGCAUACUCUCAGAGCACUGUUCGACAUCUUGAUAGCUCACUGAUUGCCGAAGACGUGCCAAUGGUGACUGAUACGCUGGAUAUCGAUGCGAAACCCGCUGAUAUUCUCAAUGGCGACGUGACUUUGCCUGCUGGUCGGGCAGAAGGUUCAUUAGACCCGGAGUCAGACCAAGAGGUCCCAGUCGAUGCGGACGAGCUCAAAGAUGCGCUGGGGCGCCCGCCACCAGUUCACAGCGACUAUCUUCCUCUCCCCUGGAAAGGACGCCUUGGAUAUGCCUGUUUGAACACCUACCUGCGCUACUCCACCCCAUCCGUCUUUUGCUCGCGAACAUGCCGCAUUGCGUCGAUUCUCGAAAAUAGGCACCCUCUCCAAGAUCCCGAUCAGCCCCCACACCCGACAAAGAAUCGCCCAGAUCGAGAUCAGCCCGCGGAUAUCGCACGCGGCCAGGCCUUCGUCGAGUCACUGGGAUUGGCAAAUGCAGGCGACCUGGUGAAACUUAUCCGCUGGAAUGAUAAGUACGGCAUCAAGUUCAUGCGACUAAGCAGUGAGAUGUUUCCAUUUGCUAGUCACAAGGAAUAUGGGUAUAAAUUGGCCCCUUUUGCCUCCGACGUACUAGCUGAGGCAGGGCGUGUUGUAGGUGAACUUGGCCACCGAGUGUCUGUUCACCCUGGCCAGUUUACGCAGCUAGGCUCCCCCAAACGGGAAGUGGUUGAAAGCUCUUAUCGUGACUUGGAAUACCACUCGGAAAUGCUGCAACUGCUCAAGCUUCCUCCUCAGCAAGAUCGCGAUGCUAUCAUGAUUCUGCACAUGGGAGGAGUCUUCGGUGACAAGGCUGCUACUCUGGACCGGUUCCGAGAAAAUUAUGCGGUCUUGUCAGAGGAUAUCAAGAAACGACUCGUCCUCGAGAACGAUGAUGUCAGCUGGACUGUGCAUGAUCUAUUGCCCAUCUGCGAGGAGCUAAAUAUCCCCCUCGUCCUCGAUUAUCAUCACCAUAAUAUUCUUUUUGACCCCAAUGAGGUUCGCGAGGGCACGCAGGAUAUCAUCCCUCUAUACGACCGCAUAGCUGCGACAUGGUCGCGCAAGAACAUCACGCAGAAAAUGCACUAUUCAGAGCAAACCGCUCCCGCUAUUACACCCCGCCAGCGCCGCAAACACAGUGAUAGAGUGGCCACCCUGCCACCCUGCAUUCCCACCAUGGACCUCAUGAUUGAGGCCAAAGACAAGGAACAAGCCGUUUUCGAGCUGAUGCGAACAUUCAAACUCCCCGGUCACAAUCUUUUCAACGACUUGAUUCCCUACAUACGGACAGACGAGAACAAGUCCAAAAAGAAUGGCGAGUUCGUUGAUCUAGAAGGUUCCGUACCACCGCCCCGUACCAUCCCCGACGAGGAAGUUGGGAUGGGAGGUCCAGAAGGAAGAGUCUUUUGGCCUCGCGGGAUGGAGGAAUGGCUUCGACCGGCAAAGAAAGUCGUCAAGCCGAAGGCUGCAUCCAGUCCAGCAAAGAAAAUCAAGGCCGAGCCCGCUGAUACAAAUGGCUCCAUGGGGACGCCAGCGAAGAAAUCAGCUCGCGCCCCCAAGCGAACUCCAACCAAGCCCCGGACCAAGCGCAAAGCGGAAGAGAUGGAAUCCAGCCCGGAGUCCGAGCUAAGCAGUUUGUCUGUGGAUCAGGAGACAGUGGCUACGAAUACCACUACAUCUACGUCUCGGAAAAGUAGUCGAGCGAAGAAAGUCAACUAUGCCGAAGAAUCUACCUAG